CCUAGUUCCUUCUCAUUCAUAGUUUCUUUAACUUAGAAAAUUCUUUAGUUUAAUUUUCUUUAGUUGACUUAGUUUUCUUUUAAAUAGUUUAGUUUUCCCCAUUAAUUGGUUAAUUCAACUUAGGUUAGAUUAAUAGGGUCUUGGUAGUGUAGGAUAGUCUCCGAGGGAAUGAUAUCUUACUCAUCUUAUACUGCAUAAUCGAUUAGGUUCACUUGCCUAAAAGUAGUGCGUAUUUGAUGCAGCCUUUUGUCUUUAUUGUUUUCUCUUUUAUAACCCAGGAGAAAACUCUAGAGGUGGUGGUGGACAUGAUGCAUUCAUUGUGGGGGGGAUUUUGGAAAUGGAAGAAAGUAAGAGAUGGAAAGAGAUGUGCUUUCUUGAACCAUGUGGGAAAUGAUCCAAACUCUUCUCAUAAAAUCAAUGAAAGAGCUUGUGAAGAUUUGAUGAAGCAAUCUCAACACAUUGACUAUUUGCUUCAUAAAAAGACUAGACAACAAGUUUUAAACAAUCGUCUACAAUUUCAAGCUUCAUUUGAUGUAGUGAAAUGGCUUGCAACUCAAGGUUGUGCUUUUAGAGGUCAUGAUGAAAGUAGCAACUCAAGCAAUUGGAGGAAUUUUAUUGAAUUGUUGAAGUUAUUGUCAUUUUAUAAUGAGGAUGUUAAACUUGUCAUGGAGAAUGCUCCUCAAAAUGCUUUGUGUACUUCACGAGAAACCCAAAAGGAGAUUUUACAAGUUUUGGCGAAUAAAGCAAGAAAGUAUUCACCAAGAAAUAUGUGAUGAUAAGUUUUGUAUUAUUGUUGAUGAAGUAAGAGAUGAGUCAAAGGAGCAAAUGGCCUUGGUUUGGAGAUUUGUUGAUGAAAAAGGAUUUUUGAGAGAGUGCUUCUUUAGUGUUGUUCAUGUGAUAGACACAUUAGUUAAAACUUUUAAAGAAGUUAUUGUUACUCUGCUUUCUCAUUAUAAUCUUGACAUUCAAAACAUUCGUGAUCAAGGAUAUGAUGGUGCAAGUAAUAUGAGAGGACCAUUUUGGUACCGAAAAUGAAAGUCUGAGGAUAAUUUUGGUACUUUUUAAAGGUAAGGGACAAUUUUGGUACCAAAGUGUAAAGUUGAGGGACCAAAAUGGUACUUAAACCAAAUAAAAUUUCAUAUUAGUG